AUGUCGGGAUAUCAACAAGGGGGAGGCCAUUACAAUGAUGGCUAUGGCCAUCAGGAACAUGGUGACACCUACUAUCAAGAUGAGCAUGGACAGGCUUACUAUGACCAUGACUAUGGUGAUGGCUACUACGACAGAUCCGGCUACUAUGGCGCGGACGGCAACCACAAUCAGCAUGAAGGAGGAUACUACGAUGCUGGUCAGCCGCACGAUGACUACUACGGUGACCAAUACUACGACCAGGGCAAUGGCCAGCAGGGCUACGAUAAUCGGGGAAGACGCCGGGGUGAUUCAGAAGAAGACUCGGAGACAUUCAGUGACUUCACCAUGAGGUCUGAAACCGCUCGUGCGGCCGACAUGGACUAUUAUGGUCGCGGUGACGAACGUUACAACAGCUACGCCGAUAGCCAGUAUGGUGGACGUGGGUAUGGGUACCGCCCCCCGUCAUCCCAGAUCUCAUAUGGGGCCAACAGGUCCUCCGGAGCAUCAACCCCAGUGUACGGCAUGGACUACGGCAAUGCUCUGCCCGCCGGUCAGCGAUCUCGAGAGCCUUAUCCUGCGUGGGCGUCGGACGGCCAGGUCCCCGUUUCCAAGGAGGAGAUAGAAGACAUUUUCCUCGAUCUAGUGAAUAAGUUCGGAUUCCAACGAGACAGCAUGCGCAACAUGUAUGAUCACUUGAUGACGAUGCUGGAUUCGCGCGCUUCCCGGAUGACGCCCAACCAGGCGCUUCUUUCCUUGCACGCCGACUACAUUGGAGGUGACAAUGCCAACUAUCGACGUUGGUAUUUCGCUGCCCAUCUGGACUUGGACGAUGCCGUGGGAUUCGCCAACAUGAAGCUUGGAAAAGCCGACCGUAAGACAAGGAAAGCACGGAAAGCAGCCAAGAAAGCGGCCCAGCAGAACCCGGAGAACGUUGAGGAGACCUUGGAAGCCCUGGAGGGUGACAAUAGCUUGGAAGCCGCCGAGUACAGAUGGAAGACUCGGAUGAACAAGAUGUCCCAGCAUGACAGAGUUCGCCAACUGGCACUGUUCUUGCUGUGCUGGGGUGAAGCCAACCAGGUCCGGUUCCUACCCGAGUGUCUUUGCUUCAUCUUCAAAUGUGCCGACGACUACUACAAUUCGCCCGAGUGUCAGAACCGAGUUGAGCCUGUUGAAGAAUUCACCUACCUUAACGAGAUCAUCACGCCUCUUUACCAAUAUUGCCGUGAUCAGGGCUAUGAAAUCGUGGAUGGGAAAUACAUCAUUGGUUACGACGAUAUGAACCAGCUUUUCUGGUACCCAGAAGGUAUCGAACGGAUUGUCUUCGAGGACAAGACGCGCCUGGUUGACAUCCCACCGGCUGAGCGGUGGACAAAGCUGAAGGACGUCGUCUGGAAGAAGGCUUUCUUCAAGACCUACAAGGAAACACGAUCUUGGUUCCACUUGAUCACCAACUUCAACCGUAUUUGGGUCAUCCAUUUCGGUGCUUUCUGGUUCUUUACUGCUUAUAACGCACAAUCGCUCUACACCGACAAUUAUCAACAGCAAGUGAACAAUAAGCCCCCGGUUAUAGGAUUUGGUGCCCUCGUCUCUUUCAUCCAGGUUGCAGCUACUAUCUGCGAAUGGAUGUACGUGCCUAGGCGCUGGGCAGGUGCUCAGCACCUCACCAAGCGACUGAUGUUUCUACUCCUGGUUUUCGUCAUCAAUCUGGCUCCUGGUGUGUUUGUCUUCGCCUACAGCAAGAGCAUGGGCAUCAGCAAAACCAUCCCUUUGAUUGUCGGUAUUGUCCACUUUUUCGUCGCGCUGGCAACUUUCGUCUUCUUCUCUGUCAUGCCACUCGGUGGGCUUUUCGGCAGUUACCUCAAGAAGCAUGGCCGUCAGUACGUGGCUAGCCAGACAUUCACUGCAAGCUUCCCACGUCUGCACGGCAACGAUAUGUGGAUGUCGUACGGCCUAUGGGUCUGCGUUUUCGGGGCCAAAUUGGCGGAAUCGUACUUCUUCCUGACCCUGUCUUUCAAGGACCCGAUUCGAAUUCUCUCACCCAUGCAGAUACAUCAGUGUGCGGGUGUGAAAUACAUUGGGAAUGUCCUGUGCCACAAACAGCCCCAAAUUCUUCUCGGCUUGAUGUUCUUCAUGGAUUUGACACUCUUCUUUUUGGAUAGUUAUCUUUGGUACAUUAUUUGCAACACUGUCUUCUCUGUUGCAAGGUCGUUCUACCUGGGUGUGUCGAUCUGGUCGCCCUGGAGAAACAUCUUCUCCCGACUGCCCAAGCGUAUUUACUCAAAGGUUCUCGCCACCACCGACAUGGAAAUCAAGUACAAGCCUAAGGUAUUGAUUUCUCAAGUUUGGAAUGCCAUCAUCAUCUCAAUGUACCGGGAACAUCUGCUGGCCAUUGACCAUGUCCAGAAGCUCCUCUACCACCAGGUUCCUUCUGAGCAAGAAGGCAAACGGACCCUGCGUGCGCCCACUUUCUUUGUGUCUCAAGAGGAUCAAUCUUUCAAGACUGAGUUCUUCCCGCCUGGUAGUGAAGCUGAGCGUCGGAUUUCGUUCUUUGCGCAAUCACUCUCUACCCCAUGCCCGAGCCCCUUCCUCGAGAAGAUCCUCCUCUCCCUGCGUGAGAUUAUCCGUGAGGAUGAGCCUUACUCUCGUGUGACGCUGCUGGAAUACCUCAAACAACUUCAUCCUCACGAAUGGGACUGCUUCGUCAAGGACACCAAGAUUUUGGCCGAUGAAACCUCCCAGUUCAAUGGCGAACCUGAGAAGAGUGAGAAGGAUGUUGCCAAGAGCAAGAUUGAUGACCUUCCUUUCUAUUGCAUUGGUUUCAAGUCCGCUGCUCCAGAGUACACCCUUCGGACUCGUAUUUGGUCCUCAUUGCGUUCACAGACACUCUACCGCACUGUUUCGGGGUUCAUGAAUUAUAGCAGGGCGAUCAAGCUCCUGUACCGGGUCGAAAAUCCAGAGGUCGUGCAGAUGUUUGGUGGCAAUUCCGAGAAGCUCGAACGAGAGCUUGAGAGGAUGGCGCGCCGCAAGUUCAAAAUCGUCGUAUCUAUGCAACGCUAUGCCAAGUUCAAUAAGGAAGAGCGUGAGAAUACUGAGUUCCUUCUCAGGGCUUACCCGGAUCUCCAAAUCGCCUACCUGGACGAGGAACCCCCCGUCAAUGAAGGUGAAGAGCCCCGUCUGUACUCUGCCCUUAUUGACGGACACUGCGAGCUGUUGGAGAACGGUAUGCGGAAGCCGAAGUUUAGGAUUCAGCUCUCUGGAAACCCAAUUCUAGGAGAUGGCAAGUCUGACAACCAGAAUCACUCAAUCAUCUUCUAUCGUGGCGAGUAUAUCCAAGUGAUCGAUGCCAAUCAAGACAACUAUCUCGAAGAAUGUCUCAAGAUCCGUAGUGUCCUCGCCGAGUUCGAGGAAUUGACUACUGACAACGUCUCGCCCUACACGCCCGGCAUUCCCUCUACGAACACCAACCCCGUGGCCAUUCUUGGUGCCCGUGAAUACAUUUUCUCUGAGAAUAUCGGCGUGCUCGGUGACGUCGCGGCUGGGAAAGAACAGACUUUCGGUACCCUUUUCGCUCGUACGCUGGCUCAGAUCGGUGGUAAGCUCCACUAUGGUCACCCCGAUUUCCUGAACGGCAUCUUCAUGACAACUCGUGGCGGUAUCUCGAAAGCUCAAAAAGGUCUGCAUCUGAACGAGGAUAUCUAUGCCGGUAUGAAUGCCAUGAUCCGUGGUGGUCGCAUCAAGCACUGCGAGUACUACCAAUGUGGUAAAGGUCGUGAUCUUGGUUUUGGCUCCAUUUUGAAUUUCACAACCAAGAUCGGUACGGGUAUGGGCGAACAAAUGUUGUCCAGAGAGUACUACUAUCUCGGCACUCAACUGCCUCUCGACCGCUUCCUGUCAUUUUACUAUGCUCACCCUGGCUUCCACAUUAACAACAUGUUCAUCAUGUUGUCGGUGCAGAUGUUUAUGAUUGUCCUAAUCAACCUGGGAGCUCUGAAGCACGAGACCAUCACUUGCCGUUACAACCCUGACUUGCCUAUCACGGAUCCUCUUCGACCCACUUACUGUGCCAAUCUCACCCCGAUCGUCGACUGGGUCAACCGUUGUAUCAUCUCGAUCUUCAUCGUCUUCUUCAUCUCUUUCGUCCCACUGGCUGUCCAGGAACUGACGGAGAGGGGAGUAUGGCGGAUGGCCAUGCGUCUAGCCAAACACUUCGGUUCCGUCUCCUUCAUGUUCGAGGUGUUUGUCUGCCAGAUCUAUGCCAACGCUGUCCACCAGAACCUUUCUUUCGGCGGUGCGCGAUAUAUCGGUACUGGUCGUGGUUUUGCCACGGCCCGCAUUCCCUUUGGUGUCUUAUACUCGCGUUUUGCAGGUCCCUCCAUCUACGCUGGCGCGCGUUUGCUGCUUAUGCUUCUGUUCGCGACGUCAACCGUCUGGACGGCGGCUCUCAUUUGGUUCUGGGUUUCUCUGCUCGCCCUCUGCAUCUCGCCGUUCUUGUUCAACCCCCACCAGUUCGCCUGGAAUGAUUUCUUCAUUGAUUACCGCGAUUAUCUCAGGUGGCUUUCACGUGGUAAUUCCCGCUCGCACGCUUCUUCUUGGAUCGGAUUCUGUCGUCUGUCUCGUACUCGGAUCACUGGUUACAAGCGCAAGCUUCUGGGUGUGCCAUCCGAAAAGGGCUCCGGCGAUGUUCCAAGGGCUCGUAUCACCAAUAUUUUCUUCAGCGAGAUUAUUGCACCCCUGGUACUUGUUGCUGUGACGCUGGUUCCCUAUCUCUACAUCAACUCCAGAACCGGAAAAUAUGCUGACCCGAAAGACGCUAUGGAUGCCAUCCUGCGAAUCGCCAUUGUUGCCGCUGGACCAAUCGCCAUCAACGCAGGUGUUGCUGGUGCUUUCUUUGGCAUGGCCUGCUGUAUGGGGCCCAUCUUCAGCAUGUGCUGCAAGAAAUUCGGUGCUGUUCUCGCUGCCAUUGCGCACGCUAUAGCCGUCAUCAUGUUGCUCGCCAUCUUCGAAGUCAUGUUCUUCCUUGAAUCCUGGUCCUGGCCGAGAAUGCUCAUUGGCAUGAUUGCAGCAGCAGCCAUUCAGCGUUUCAUCUACAAGCUCAUCAUUGCCCUUGCAUUGACCCGCGAGUUCAAGCAUGACCAGUCUAAUAUCGCAUGGUGGACUGGCCAGUGGUACAGCAUGGGUUGGCACUCGAUGUCGCAACCCGGCCGUGAGUUCCUGUGCAAGAUUACGGAGUUGGGAUACUUCUCUGCAGACUUCAUUUUGGGUCACAUACUCUUGUUCGCUAUGCUGCCCGCCCUCUGCGUCCCAUUCAUUGACAAAUUCCACUCGGUCAUGCUCUUCUGGCUGCGGCCAAGUCGCCAAAUCCGCCCUCCCAUCUACUCACUGAAGCAAUCGAAGCUCAGGAAGAGAAGAGUCAUCCGCUUCGCUAUUCUCUACUUCGCGAUGCUCAUUCUAUUCCUUAUCCUUCUCAUUGCUCCACUUGUUGUUCGCUCCAUGGGACUGGUUAAAGCUCCCAAUCUUCCCUUCAACUUGCUCCAGCCUCUUGACAAGGACAAUAACGACACUAUGGUGACAUACACCGGCAACAAUAUUCCCGCUGGUUUUGAGCCAGUCGAGAGCGCCUCGAGCGUGGCCACUGCAACGAGCUAG